CUCUCCCCUGCUCCUCCGUGGUGACUCUUGUGCAUAUGAUUGUUGGAGAAAGUGCACACGGUUAAGACAGGAAUGAGUGAGUGAGUGCAGAACCGGAGUCUAUCCUGUAAAUGGGCGUGGUCUGACGGUCCACAGGCAAGGUGCGAUUCUCUUACUGCACACACACGCACUUCAGAGUCUCCCUGCAGCAGCUCACAGGAGAAGUCGGCAGGAAAAAGAAAAGCUGACGAUGAUGAGUCUGGAUCCGCUCAAAACCGUCAUUUCCAUCGGGAAUAUUGACGACACCUCCCUGGCUGUACCAUCUCUUCACCAGUGCAGGUCUGGACAACAGCGAGUCCUGGAACAAGUGCAGACCAUCCGCAGGACCAGGUCCAGACCGUCCAGCAGCAGCAGGAUCCCGUCCAGUCCUCUGUCCCCCACAGGUUUUGUCAACGAUUCUGUGUUUGACGAGCCUUCGAAGUCUCAGUCCACCAUGUCCAACGGAAGUGUUUUCAUCUCCAAUGGCUUCUCCAAAACGCUCGGCCUUGACAAAAGCCUGAAGCAGCAAGUCAAAAACUCCAAGGACUCCACAGUGAAGAGGAAUCUCGCAGCUGCCUCUUUACACUACGAGAGGUGUUACGGCCCCGUCGGCACCAUGCCUAAGGGCCACGCCAACACCAGCCGCAGCGAGCCAGAUCUGCUCCGCCAGCGCUCGGUGCCGGCACGGCCCUCCGUUCCGAUGCAGAGAUUCCUCUCCAACAGAGGCACCUACCGGACGGAGAGGCAGAGCAACAUGUUCAUAACCUCCUCUCCAGGUCACAGCGUUCCUCCUCAGAACGGCCACAUCAGUCCCACGAAAACCAACCACAUAAAAACCAUCAAAAUGGAUUUGUCCAAAACGCUUUCCAAGCCUACGGUCACUGACGGCGUUCCCAAAUGCAAGGUCAUUUCCAGAUCAUAUGAGAAGAACGAAGUGGCAGAUAUCAGUAUAAAGGAAGCCGUGGAGUUUCUCUCCAACAGUAAUGAAGUUUAUCAGCACUGCGGGGCAUCUUACAUCCAGCACAACACCUUCAUUGACAACAAUGCCAAAGAGGAGGUGUUGAAGCUCAAAGGAAUCCCUCCUCUGGUGUCUCUGCUGCGCAGCCCCAACACCCUGGUGAGCCAGACGGCUUCUGCCGCUCUACGCAACCUUUCCUUUAAAAGCGACAGCAACAAGGAGGCCAUUCAUCGCAGCGGUGGCAUCGCAGAGGUGGUGGCGCUGCUCCAACACAACAACUCUGUGGAGAUCCAGAAACAGCUGACAGGUCUCCUGUGGAACCUGUCCUCUGCAGACUCCCUGAAGCCAGACCUGCUGAAGACGGCUCUUCCUGUCCUGAUGGAGCGCGUGGUCCUCCCAUACACAGCAGAAUCAACCAGCACCAAAGGUGACAGCAGGGACCCUGAGGUCUUCUACCACGCCACAGGAUUCCUGAGAAACCUCAGCAGUGCCAAACAGCACAACAGACAGACGAUGAGGAAGAGCCAAGGUUUGGUCGACUCCAUGGUCAAAUAUGUUCAGGACUGUGUGGAAACAGGAAACCCUGAUGAUAAGUCUUUAGAAAACUGCGUGUGUGUUCUGCACAACCUGACAUUCCAGUUGGAGGCCGAGGCCCCGGCGCUGUUCAGCAGAAUCACAGCUUUGGCCAAGCCGUUGAACAGGACCAACAGUCAGGGUGACAAUGGGCCAAUCAACUGCUUCAGCCCACAAGCCAAGUCAUCAGAGAAAGAGACACAGACAGGUUGGAGUUGUACCCAUGAUCCUGUGUAUCUCUUGGCCCAGUAUCAGUUUGACUUCCCAGUGGUGGAGGACCCUCAGCCCACUGGGGCCGGCUGGCUCUUCCACUCCAAAACCCUGCAGAGUUACUUAGAUUUGCUGGGCUCCAGUGAGCGGGAGGACACACGGGAAACCUGCUGUGGAGUUCUGCAAAACCUGACUGCACAUGAAGGCAUUGUUUCCAGAGUCAUGAGUCAAAUCAUUGUGCAGAAGCUGAAUGGCCUGCAGGUUCUCACUCCUCUAAUGAAGUCCAACAAAGUCAACCUGCAGAAGAACACUCUGGCUUUGGUGGGGAAUCUAGCCAAGAACCCAAACCUUCACAAUGCCCUUGCUCGUAAAGCCCUGCCUGAGCUGGUGGGUAUCAUCAGCACUGGAACCAAGGGCGGGAAUGAGUCUGACGACACCCUGUCCAUGGCCUGUCAAACCGCCAACUGUCUGUUCAUGAAGGAGCCUGAGAUGGGCAAACGGCUGCUGAACGGAGCCCUGAUCAACUCGCUGAGAGAGCUCAGCCAAAACAAUUAUUUCCCCAAGUCCAGCAAAGCUGCGUCCAUGCUGCUCUACAACCUGUGGUCAGAGAAAGACUUACAGAGCUCUCUGAAGAAGCAAGGGAUGAUCAAGUCCUCGUUUGUGAACCAAACCACUACGUCAGCAAUGAAGGCGCUCCACGUCGUCGACUGACGCCGCGGCCUCCGCUGAUCACAGACCGGAGAGAAACUGUCCUGUCAAGUUUUCUGCACAUUCACCAGAUGUAAAGGCACCGGGCCUGAGCAGCAUCCUUUCUCAUUUCACAAAGACUUGCAGACAUAUACUCCAAAGUAUCAUUGAAUCCAGAUUGUGCGAUAACCGACCGAUGAUUUUACUGACCUGCUGUUCGGUGACUCUAUGUAGGAAAAGGUGACAGUUGAGGUGAAGCAUGUCUUUUAAACAGCGAUGAUGUUUUUUUUUUAGCAGCCUUGCUUCUGUUUUAUCUUUCCAUACCGCUGACAUCUUAAUUCUAAUGUGUGAAAUUGUUUGGAUGGAAACGUCAUGGCGAGGAGUUUGUUUUGCACUGAUAUUCCAUUUUUGAUGCCGUGACGUGAGAUCAUUGAAUGUGUUUGACUGUGUACAGUGUAAAAAAAGGCUGCGCUUCUAUUGUGACAAUAAUGAGUUUGCAGUAAUUGCUAUAAUCUUGUCCAAAACAGUAAUAUCUUUAGACUUAAUUGUUGUUGUUGUUGUCGUGUUUGAUGCGGGUGUGUGUAUCAUCAUGUGAAUGUGUUGGAUUGAAAAUGAAAAGAUUUGUCAAUAAAGUUGUCAGAAAAUCCAGUUUCACUAGUAAUAAUUAGAAUAAUAGUAAUCGACAUAGUCAUAAUAUUCAGUACAUCUUUUACUUUACUACUCUACCUUUACUAAAUGUAUUAGCCCGCAUGGUUCAAAAAAAUUUUUCUGCUUUUGCAUGCGCACUAAGUAUCAAAAAGUAAAGUAUUUCCAUCCUUUUAAAAAAUA